UAAAGAAGAGGUUGCACUGUGGCUAGUGGCGGCGUUGUAGGAAUGGAUAACUGUCCUGCUCUUUCACGCAUUUUGUGGAGCUGUAUGCUGCUGUCCUGUUUAUGUGGGCUCUCCUACGGUACAGAACUGAGUUUUGUGACAUGCGGCUCGGUCGUCAAGCUAUUAAAUAUAAAGCAUAAUGUGAGGUUACAUUCGCACGACGUCCGAUACGGUUCUGGUAGCGGGCAGCAGUCUGUGACAGGCAUUACUUCAGUGGAGGACAGUAACAGCUACUGGAGUGUGCGUGGGACAAGUGAUGCCGUGUGUUAUCGAGGUACCCCGGUCAAGUGCGGGCAGACCAUUCGGCUCACUCAUGUCAACACAGGCCGCAACCUGCACAGCCACUACUUCGCCUCCCCGCUGUCCUCUAACCAGGAGGUGAGUGCAUUUGGCGAGGAAGGGGAAGGCGACCACCUGGAUGAAUGGACAGUUCAGUGUAGUGGAUCAGUGUGGAAGCGCGAGGAGGCGGUCCGUUUCCGCCACAAGGCGACCGACGCACUGUUGUCAGUGACAGGGGAGGAGUACGGGCGGCCGAUCCAUGGCCAGAGGGAAGUGCAUGCCAUGACGGCUCCCAGCCAGCACAGCCUGUGGAAAGCUAUGGAGGGAAUCUUCAUGAAGCCCAGUGAAAGCCCGCUGGGAAACAGGGACUCCAGUCAUUCACACACGGAGUUCUGAACUUGACUUUGCUCUGCUGCUGUCUCCUCUCAUUUUCCUCUCCCUGUCUACCUCUGUCUUCCUACCUCUGUCUCCCAUUACUUCAGUACCACCAGCCUGCCAAAUGGCUCCGCCCCCCCCCCUUCCCUCAUCUCAUUUUUGUCUCUAACAUUUCGUUCUCUCCUUUGCCCUCUUUCUUUUAAGGACACUGUGGCGAACACGUGCUGUCAUGGAUCAGGGUACACUGACUUCAUCUUACCAUUCAAAGCUUACUUUCCUCACGUAUUAUUUGUCAAUGGACUUAUUUUUGGAAACACUAUUGAUUCCCAACAUUUGUUUUGCUGAUAUGUAGGAGUUUUCUCACUAAUUCCAUUUAAAGGAACAGUUCACCCCAAAAUGCAAAGGAUAUUUUCCCACUUAAUGGCAGACUAUCCAACCAGAUAGUUUCUGUAUGAUUUGGUGAGGUUUCCAGUCUGCGGUGAGCCUCCCAGUCUCACAGCACCCCAGUUCAAUGGGGCUGGGUGGAUAUUCUUUCAGGGGGCUCAAACCAUCAAAAAUGUACAUGUGAAAAAUUCAACAGCAGCAGCUCCUUUUAAAAACCCUGACACAGAUACCCAACAUAUUCCACAGCCUUUGCAGGUGACGAGUUUCACCGGGAGCUUUUUCCUGCUGAAAACACCUACAAUCUGUGCCUAAUCGCUGCUAAUUCAUGCUUCUUGGGACUCACCAAAUCACACACAAACUAUCUGGAUACACUGCAGUAGGGGUAAGUAACAAAUGUUCAUUUUUGUAUUUUGAGUGAACUGUUCCUUUAUAUCUCAGUAGCCCUACAUUGUGCCUUAAAAGGAACAAAAGGGCAUCAGUGAUAGAAAAGAUGCUCCCUUAAAGACAAAUCUUUGUUACAGUCUGUUACACUACAUUAAGAGGCGUUCCUCUCCGCUGUUGUGUAUAAUUAAGAAUCAGACUGUGAUCCCCAUACAUGCUGUACAAAUACAGAAGACAGUUCAAAUUAUGCAAAGCCAUAUAUUUAAUUCAUCAUUCAUACUUGUUAAUUUGGUUGGACUAAAAGCAGACAGCAUUGUUACACUUGUGCCUUAAUGCUAUUUUUAAACAGUAUUAGGUGUUUACAUUGUGGAGCCUUUUUAAUUUUUGCAAAACUUAAGCAUUUUAAUGUCACACUGGCCAUCGUAAGCUAGAUAUCUGCUCUAUACAGUGGAUAAGCAGUGUUACUGAGGUUCAUGUUCAUUUGUUGUAGGCCGAUUCAGUAUUGCAUUUCUACAAAAUAUUUGCAAGCUGACAUGAAAACAUCAGCAGCUUUCUUUGUCCACUUAGUGUCACAGCACUUUUCCCAGUGUGGCCAAGGUCAGCAGCUUGUUUCCUGGCACGGUUGAUUUGCCACCCUGAAUAACCAGACAUCCACAAGCUUUUUUGUUUUUUAUUUACACCAUUGAACUGGACAUAAUGUUAUCAACCAUCAUUUGCUCACUCUUCCAGUCCUGGGAAACAAGUGCAGUGUUUUACCUUCAUGCUGCCUGUUAGUGCGUGUGUGUGUGUGUGUGUGUGUGUGUGUGUGUGUGUGUGUGUGUGUGUGUGUGUGUGUGUGUGUGUGUGUGUGUGUGUGUGUGUGUGUGUGUGUGUGUGUGUGUGUGUGUGUGUGGUUGUGUAUGUGUGUGUAUGUGUGUGUAUGUGUAUCAGAUCAGCUCUUUGUUGAGGAGGUUUAUAUGAGCAACAAACUUGUAAUGAAUACCUCAUAAUAAAUUGAUUUUUUUUUGG